AUGGAGUUGAAGAGAGGAAAGACUUUCAUCAAAUCCAGCCUGCACAUUUCCCAGAAAUCCCCAGGCCCAGCAGCAGCUGCUCCAGCCAGGGACGACGCAAGCCCCUGGUCAGUCUCGCCAGGAGAGCAGCAACAGGUCCAUGGUGAGAAAGGACCCCAAAUGAGUCCCAACACCCACGGAUAUAACAGAUGCUCCAAAAAGGGAGCACAGCCAGACCCUGAGGGUGGCGCCACAGACCUCUGUGGUGCCCCUCUCAAACUGGUUUGGAAGAGCAAGACCCACAACGGUGUGCCUGGGGCUGGCAGGGUGGUUGCCGCCCCAGGGCAAUUGAUGGGCAGUGAAAAGUUCCCAGGGCCCUCUGGAGGCCAGCGCAUAAUCGAUUACCGCCACUUUGUGCCCCAAAUGCCUUUCGUGCCAGCUGUGGCUAAGAGCAUCCCAAGGAAGAGGAUUUCCCUGAAAAGACCCAAGAAGUGCUUUCGGAACCUAUUCCACAUUCGCAGAAACAAGACUGAGAACUUGGCUUCACUGGCAACCAAGGGCAAGAGCCUCUCCUCCCCCAGGAGCCCAUCAGAGGCUGGAGGGCAGCGAGGCCAAGCUUUCUUCUCCUGGGGCGAGGGCUGGGGCCUGGAUGGCUUGUGCCAGGACCUGUCUGACAGCGAGCUCCUGCCCGACUGCUCUCCCGACUUCUGCAGGGUUCUGUGCGAGGACGUGGCUUCACUCCAGAGCUUCGACUCACUCACGGGCUGCGGGGAGAUCUUUGCGGACGAAAGCUCGGUGCCAGCUCUGGAGCUGAACGAGGGCCCGGAGAGCUCAGCCCUGUCGCCGCAGGCCCUCAAGAGCAAGGUGUCCAGUGGCCCCUUCCAGGGAAGCAUGGAGAAGCUGGUGUCACCUGCCCAAAAUGACCUGUCUGACUUCGCCAAGUUCUGGGACAGUGUGAAUCAUUCUGUGAGGCAACAACAGAGCGCUCUACUGGGCUCGUGGCUGGAAAGGCCUCAGGGAGCGGACACCGCCCAGCCCAGGCAGGACUCAGCUGGGCUCACUGAGCUCCCUCUGUGCCCCUGCAAGGACCUCCUCAGUGGCUCCAAAGCCAGCUCCAUAGACACAGGCACCCCCAAGAGCGAGCAGCCAGAGUCUGUGUCCACGAGCGACGAGGGCUACUGUGAUGCCUUUUCACCCAGCCUUGAGGAGGACAGGAAGGAAGCCCUGAGCCCGGGGACCCCCGCUGCCUCCUUCCCCCGGGAGAGCUAUAGCGGGGAUGCCCUCUACGAGCUUUUCUAUGACCCCAGUGAGGGCCCGGCCGGCCCGAGCCCGGACGACGACCUGUGCGUGUCGGAGAGCCUGUCGGAGCCAGCACUGGGAGCCCCGCUGUCCAUGUGCAGCUUCCACAUGGGGGCAGAGGAGAACCUGGCCCCCGGGCCCGGCCCGGACCUGCUCAGCCAGGGCUUCUCGCAGAGCUCCUGGAAGGGCAAGGAGUGCCUGCUGAAGCUCUGCGACACCGAGCUCGCGGUCACCAUGGGCGUCGUCAACUGGCUCCGCCGGAGCCCCGAGCUCCGCGCCCUGCCCGUCUCAGCCCCCGCAGAGCCCGAGACCCCGCUCGGUGGACUGGUGGGGAAGCUGGCAGCUGGUGCUGAGAAGCAAGGCCCAGGUCUGCUGACACGAGACGGCAGGGGGGCCCAGGCCUCUGACGCAGGCGGGACCGCAGUCGGGACCGCAGUCGGCUCGAGACCUAGCCGGCAGCACCUGUGGGCACAUUCCAGUACCAAGGGCCUGCUUGCUAGAGAGAGUGAGGUCCUCACAGAGGCUGAGCAGGGGACCAGCCCUCUGUCCAGGAGCCCGUCUCUGACGUGCGCGCAGGUCUCUGGGGAAGAAGGGACACGAGGUUGCCACGAAGGUCCGUUCUCCCCUUCGGGGUCUGCAGCCUCCAUCGUGACAGAUACUUCCAGCAAAAACAAGGUCAUAAACCCCUUUGCCUGGCCUCACUCCCAGGAGUUCAGAGCACCUGGAAAGGAGGGGUGUUUCCGAGAUCAGUGGAAGCCAGGGUUUAGGGAAAGCACCCUGGAUGCAGAGCCUGCCCUGAAAGACAGAGUGGCCCAGGUUGCAGCUCUGCAGAUCCACCCAGACUGCAAGCCCCGCGCUGUGCAGCCUCCAAGGCAGGACACAGGCAGCCAGCUCUGCAGGCAGCCUCAGGCCAGGGACACUAUCGUGCUGCAGCAGAAACAGCCUAUCAGCUUCCCUGGAGUGGCUGCUGUCGGUGGCCUGCCCUCCUUGACCAGCCCACUCCACAGCCCGCAGGAUCAGAAGUGCUCAGCCCUUGUCCUGGACAUAAGCCGGCUCAGAGUGGAGCCCACCAGGCUGGAUGCCUAG